AUGGUCGUCACCGUCCUCAUCAUCAUCUACCGCAAGCCCACCCUCUCACCAACCUCCUUCCGCCACCUCUACGAAGCCCACGUGAACCUCGUCCACCACCUCACAGGCGACGCCUUCCCCCUCGCCCACCGCCGCACCUACGUCGCGCAAACAACGCCCACAGCCGCCGCGCCCACAUGGCCUGAGCCCCGCCCGUCAGGUGUCCCUGCGUCUCCGUCUCCGCCUCCGCCUCCGUCAAGUUCAACCUGGCACCCCAUGACCGUCGCAAACGACGCACCGGCCGUCUUUGGCUUCGACGUCGUGUCCGAGGUAACCUUCGCCGACGAUCUCGCGUACGAGCGCUUCGUGACGCGGAUCCAGGAUCCCGCUGUCAAGGGGAGAUUAUGCGCGAGCGCGGGUGUGUUUGCGGAUGGUGCGGGCUUGGCUGCGGCUGUUGUGGGGGAUGUGGUGGAGACGAGGGGCGCGCCGAUGUCGAUGCCAGUGCCGUUCGGGUUCUGA